AUGAUGUUUUUUUUUCUCUCAGGAAUAAGAAAAGAGUUUUGGGUCUUUUGUGACUUUUUACAAAACUACAUCAUGAACUUCAGACUGUCAUCAUUGAUCCUGCUGUUACACAUUCAAGGGUUCCUAACAUUGGAUAACUUUAAUGUAACCUGUAAUGAACUAAAUAUUUGUGCUGCGAGGGGGACAAAGAUAACACUGUGGUGCGAAUACUCAAACAUCAACAUCACAACUGGGUUCUGGUUCAGUAAGAAACAGAGAACAAACUGGAGAAACAAAGAUGAACCUGAAGAUUUGACUUUAGAUUCAGAUUACUCAGGACGAAUGAGUCAAGAGAUCACUAAAGAUUACUCACGACUCUCAAUAAAUGAUCUGAGAGAGAGAGACAGUGGAGAAUAUCAGCUCAUGAUCAUUAUGAAGGAUGGAGUUAAACAUCUCAGCUCAGUCACAGUCAAUCUAACAGUUUCAGUUUUACAGGUGAAGAUGAAUCCUGAAUCUACAGGACAGCGAGUAAAACUGAGCUGUGAUUCCUCCUGCCCAAAAACAUCUGAAAAUUAUUACUUCUGGUUCAAGAGUGGACAACAUUUAACAUACAACCAAAGCAUAUUUGUGUCAUCCAGUGAAAAAACUGACAGUUAUUCCUGCGUUAAGUCUGUUUCAGUUCCCUCUUCAUCUGUGUGUGUUUCUAACAUUAGCUGUAGGGAUGUGAUUUACACCUUUACAAGAGUUUGUGCUUUAGUGGGAUCAACAGUAAAUAUUCACUCUUCAUACUCACAUCCCACUGGAUAUACAGUAGACAAAACAUACUGGGGUUACUUUCAUCCUCCUGAGGGACUCCGAGAUCUGCGUGAGGAUCAUCAGUUUUCUGGUCGUGUGGUGUUUGUGGGAAACACAAUGAGAAUUAAUGACGUCAACACGAGUGACUCUGGAGAAUAUUACUUCAGGUUCAUCACUAACACAUCAAAUGAAGUUAUUGGUUCUCCUGGAGUCGAUCUUACUGUUACAGAUACACGAGUGAUAAGCAGUCCAGACCCUGUGAUAGAUGGAGAAAAAGUGAUAUUAAGCUGUUCAACAAGAUGCACUCUGGAUAACAAACAUACUUACAUCUGGUAUAAGAAUGGACAACAGGUAACAGAUGGAUUGACAUUAUUAAACAAGCUGUACCUGGACUCAAUCAACAGUGAGGAGCUACAAGAGUAUUCCUGUACUGUAAGAGAUUCAAUGGACAAAACCACUAAAACAACUGUCAGAAACAAUGAAGAAGCCGACAGUUUAGUGUAAAUAAUCUAAUAUUCAAAUAGAUGAAUUAUUCAUUGAAGUAUUGAGUUUAUCAUUCAACAGUCUUGUGUCAGUGUCAGAUCAACUGUAACAUCACAAUACAUAAAUCCUGUAAAAACUUUGCUAUAGUGCAUCUUUAUGUAGAUGAUACUGUGAUCUACUUUCAUCUUCACUGUCAGGCUAUUAUUAUAUAAACUUUGGGGACAUUAUUUACAUGCAUGUUGCUUUCACUGCAGUUUAGACACUGACUGUGUAUCAUAGCUCUUUAUGUUUUAUAAUUCAUUGUCAUUGUUGUAUAAUUUAUAAUACUGUCUUUUGGUUUCAUUAAGUUUGAGGAGACUGCAGCAUUGAUUUAUUUCUUUAAGCCGUAUUGAGUUAACUUCUUUUAUUUGGGUAAUCUUCUUUUACUAACAAAUAGUUGCUAUGAUUUUGUCUCUUCUAGAUGUUGACUCUUCAGUGUAUUUUGGGUUUUAUUCAGGACUAAGUAGAAAAUAUUUUGCUUAUUCUGCAUUCUUGUCAUGAAUUAAUCUGCAGAAUAUAACAACAGCUUGAUCAUUUUAUUACCAUGAAAGUUUAAAGCGCUUAUUAAAAGUUUGAAGCUUAUAAAUAAGUUUCUGUUAUAAGAAUGUUAUUGCUAUAGGCUUGAAUUGGGGUAAAUACAUUUACAUGACAUUUUAGUAUUUACGAGUCCUUUACAGGUAUAUUAGUGCAUCUAAAUUUUGUUCACUGUUUGUUUUUAUUGUACUUUUAAUUUUGUCUUUAUGAAAGGUAUGGCUUCGCUGCUUGGUCUCUCACAGGUCGGGGACACACCUAAUGAUUUUUCAUACAGAUUAUGAAUGUAAUUUGAUCAUAACGACUGAUCAUGCAAGUGUUUCCCGAGCAUUAUGGGCAUUCUUGGUUAAAUAAAGAUUAAAUAAAAUAGAUAUAAAAAAUCCUUGAUUCUGAUUGGUCAGUAGCUGUUUUAUUAAUAGUAAUGCAUUUGACAUUGUGUCAUAUUAUUAUUAUAUCUGAAUAUAUUCACAGGUUGCAGCCCAACAUCAUCAUCAACAGCACUCUUCAGCUGUGACUCUAUUAACAGUGACACCUCUCAUAUAUGUGUCUGUGUUCAUGUGAUCUGUCUGAUAGAUUGACAGUAUUGGAUUCCUGAUGAUGUCUCAUAGAGGUAACAUAUUUAACGAGAACAGGAUAGGACCUAGAACUGAUCCAUGCAGGAUGCCGUAUUUAACCGGGGCGUAAUAUGACUCUCCCUUAUUUACAUAAACAAAGUUAUAACUUAUAGCAGUUAGUUAGAUACGAUCUAAACCAUGCUAACGCUUGACCACUGAUGCCAACAUAGUUUUAUAGUCUAUUGAGUAAGAUUGUCAAAGGCUGCACUAAGGUCUAGUAAUAUAAGAAUUGAGAUUUCACCACGAUGGGAUGUUAAUAGGAGGUCAUUUGAAACUAAGCAGUGCUGUCUCUAUGCUAUAGUGGGGCCACACAGAUCCAAAAUCGAAACUAACCAAUAUUGCAGUGUGUCGUGUAGCUGUCCAUCAAUGUAAACAACGUGUAAAGUAGUUGAACCAAAAAGUGCACGAUUAAUAAAGUUAUUGGCUUCUCAAGCAGGGAGUCGACUCUGAAUCGCUGAAAUGAGUCGUUAUAGGGAGUGAGUCUUCUUCCUGAUAUUAUCCACGUCACACGAACUUAUCCACGUCACAUGAGAUACUAAUCUCCGCCUACAGCCUUGCCUGCGGGAGAAACGAAAACUAUGACCCGCCCACAGCUAGCUAGUGUGUGUAAACAUCAGCUCACGCUGUGUUUUCAGCUUGUGUUGUUUUCACUACCAAAGGAGACUUUUUCAAGGAGGGAUAUUCUAAACGUGUCUGGCUGUGAAGAAUCAGUGCUUAAAAUUAAUUUUUAACGGAGGGAUUUAGACGUUUGGCAAUGAAAGAUGGUUCCCACUUUAUUUGGAACAACAUGCGUCUCCUAACCACAACCUGUAAGUAUGAUUAUAGCUACAUACUUGCUUAAAUGAGUGUAAAAUGUCUAUAGUCGUUUUAUUGCUAAUGAUGAAUGAUAUCGUUGUUUAAACUCUAACUUAUAUACUGUCAGAGCCCCGAUAGCAGUUUUGCUAUGACCCGGUUAGUUUAGAUAAAUGCUUAAAUGAGUGUAAAAUUGUUAGUUUCAAUCGUCGUUUGUAUUGUUUGGAUUAAUGAUGAAUGAUGUUGUGUGUUUAAACUGUUAAUUUACUGUCAGAGAGUCACGUUAGCAAACGGCUAAUGCAUGCUUAUUUACGGUUUUGCUAUGACCCGGUUAGUUUAGAUAAAUGCUUAAAUGAGUGUAAAAUGUUAGUUUCAAUCGUCGUUUUUAUUGCUUGGAUUAAUGAUGAAUGAUGUGUAUUGAUGUUGACAAUGUCUUCUCAGUAAAUCAUGUUAGCACGAGGUCAAUACAUGUUGCACUGUUGUUGGUCUGUGCCACCGAUCUGUGGUCUGUGAGACUGAUCUGUGAUCUGUGCAUUGUGUGCAAAGACACUCUGUCAGUUGACCAAUCAGAGCAGAGUAGGCUACUGAAAGGUGGGGUUUAGGCAGGCUGAGUCGUUGAACGGCUUCACACGAAUCGUUUGGGGAUCUCUGAGAAAUGGGGUAAUUUUAAAUUUAUAUUUUGAGAAAAUUACAGUGUUUUUUGACCUUGCAUGCAUUUAAACCUGUUGUCCGGGACUUAUAAAUAG